CUGGAUACUUUUGGGACUGGGUGGUUGGAUCUUGACUUUUAUUAUGUGCCAUGUUGUCCCCUCCUGCUGUAGUUUUGCACCCUUACAGCCUGCCUGUCUACCCUCCGGCACCCCAAUGUUACUCCGGGCUGGUUCAGGGUAGCGCAGAUGCUGCAGUGCCGCCAACUGAUGCCAUGACCCAGACGUUCCCAGCUCAGUACCCUCCACCACCACCUCAGGCCCGGCUGCCUCCACAGUAUCAUCUUCACAGCACCGCUUCAGAGUACCCAUCUCCAACAGCCCCAGAUCACAGCCUGCGCAUCUUCACUGAGCAAGGAACAGCUGCAUCAGAGCCACUGCCGCUGCCCCCACCACCUGCUCAGCCAGAAGAGGUCCCUGUACCUGAGCUGUCUCCUGAAGCAGAAGAAACUGAAAGCACUGAGAACAAGAGCCAGCCCAAACGCCUCCAUGUGUCCAACAUCCCUUUCCGCUUUCGUGACCCAGACUUGCGACAGAUGUUUGGGCAAUUUGGGAAAAUCCUAGAUGUGGAGAUCAUCUUUAAUGAGCGUGGCUCAAAGGGCUUUGGCUUUGUCACCUUUGAAAACAGCCAAGACGCUGACCGAGCACGAGAGAAGCUAAACAGCAGCAUUGUAGAAGGGAGGAAGAUUGAGGUCAAUAAUGCUACAGCCCGUCUAGUCACCAAGAAACCUCCAGCAACACCCGUGGUGAAUGGUUGGAAGAUCAAUCCUGUCGUUGGUGCGGUGUAUGCUCCUGACUUGUAUACAGUGGCAAGCAUCCCAUAUCCCAUGAUGGCACCAGCUGCCUUGGCAUAUCGUGGGGCACUGCGUGGGCGCGGUCGAGCCACCAUUUAUAAUCCUAUUCGAGCAGCACCUGCUCCUUCUCCUGUUCCAGCCUAUGGCAGUGUUCUCUAUCCAGAUGGUCUAUAUGGUUCCGAUCUCUACGGUUAUCCUGCAGCCUACAGAGUGGCCCAGACACCAGCGGCUGCAGCAGCAACUGCAGCAGCAGCUUAUAGUGAUGGGUAUGGACGGGUCUACACUACGGCUGAGCCCUAUCACCACACAGUGACCCCCGCCUAUGGAGUUGGUGCCAUGGCUAGCUUGUACCGAGGAGGAUGCAAUCGAUUCACUCCGUACUGAAGGACCAAGCGCUGGUGCUAAGAAACUAAGAAGUGCCUGUGAACUGUUGGCACAGAUGGUGGGACCUGGCGCUAAGAACAUAUGUCUGUGUGUCUGUGUUCAUGUAUAAGGAAAAGAGGUGGGCAGGUGGGUGCUUGGUACAGUUCCUUCCAAACCAUCGUACACUGUUGCUGCAGCUGGACAGAUGAAAAUUUGGGAGUCUCUCCUAAUCCCUCUCAGUUUCAAAAUUACACCUUGCAUUGUGCUGCCGGACAAAGUUGGAUGCAGAAAAGAAAUGGAUAAGGUGCAAAGUCACUACUAGUUUACAAAUCUUGGGAGCAGCGAAGGGCACUGGAUUAAAACCUAAGUUUAGAAUAGUCUCCUUUUUGGGACUAAAUAAUUCCCAGAAUCCACCAUUUUAAAGGAGUAAGAAUUUAGGGAAUCCUGGGAGCUGUAGUCCAAAAGAGAGAACUUUUCUGAUCUCUAAUUUAAAAAUGAUGGUGCCUGGGGUUGGGGAGAGUUGGAAAGCUAGAAAAGUCACCAUGUUUCAACCACAUCCUUGAGUGUGAGAUCACCUGAAGUACGUUUAGAGAUGCUUCAGAAAUAAGAUGGUUUUUUAAGGCUCCUAUCAGUGUUUAAAACCGAUUCAAUUAUCAUGGCACAAGCUUAAGAAUCCUGGGAGAAAUUCAAGUAGGGAGUAGUGUCUAUGAAUCGGUCUCUGCCCAACAGGAUCAUUCUUUGAGUUUGGUGCUUCUGUGUGGAGUACUAUGACAAUUAACUAGUUUAUGCUUGCUUCUAUCAGCCACAGCUUCUCCAAAAGAUCCUGGGAAUUGUAGUGUGAAAAUGUUGUCUACAAUUUCCAGAGAGAUGGAACAACUGUUUGCCCAGUUAAUAUGUUUUGUGACAGACAUGACGUAAGGCAGGAGUGGACACCUUUGAGAUGAUGGGCAGGAACUGCCACCAUUCCUGACCAUCGGUCAUGCUGACUGGGACUGUAGGAGGAGUUAGAAUCUGUUGUCGCUGGAAGAGCCAAAGGUUUCCUGUUCCUGCCAUGGAGAUCAUGUCAGAUUCAAAACCAGCUCUCUGGAGUUCUUCCCUUGCUUCUCUCAUUCCCUCUCGCUUUUCUUCUCUUUUUGAUUGCUCUGUGGUAUUUCUCUCUUUAAUGCUGUGCUUCCACUACACUCCUUUAUUGUGUUCUCUCCUCUGUUUUAGAUCUGCUUUGGGUAUCAGUUCAGGACAAACAAUGGCUGAAUUAAGCCUCAUUUUUCUGUGAAAACAUUUGGGAUUUUUUUUAAUGCAUCAUCACUAUUAUUUUAAGUAAUACCAUUUUUACAUAAUAAUAUUUUGUUUGUAAAUAACAAUUCUUACUUUUAAUUCUGUCCAAGAGAGAAAGCAUAUGAUCUAGUGCAAGACUGAAGACUAAAUACUUUAUUUUUAGGCAGUCAGAAAAUAAAAAGCUAACUCUUUAAGACUUCAUCUUAAGUACUUUCAUUUCCCCCUGAAGGGCGCUGAUCCCAAAGCAGAAUCUGUUUCUAUUCCUAUCAAUUUGCUUCACACCUGUACCUGGGCUUGAGUGUCCGUGGCAUUGUUCCUACUCAGUUCAUGGUUCAAUAUCUCAGGGAAACCCUUCUAAAUAGAUGCUUGUUCUUUUCACUGUUUUCUUGUUACUGUAAUAAAAUCCUGAUUCUGGCUAA